CGAGAAACUAACGAUCUACGGUAAACCAAUCAAAUGAAUCCACAUUGGAGUGUGGGCCAGUGAGAGAAAUUACAGGAAGAUAAUGCUUUAAGCGUGAUGGCAGAAUCCGCCCAAAUGGCUCUACACUUUUAUGUCCAACGCUGCUGGACGUUACACAGGGAAAUAUGCUGUUUGUAGUUGAACGCAUGUGUGGUCGUGCCUGAAAGUGCAGCUGUGCCUUGUUUUCGUCUCAAAGGAAAUCGAUUGAUUAUCUUUAUCUGGACCUGCUAUAAAUAUUUGGAAUGCUUUUGAACAAUUGACAAGGUUAUCCUUAUAAAGAAUGAAGCAGUGUCACUCAUAUUGACCCAUCGCAUCAGUGGAAGGGAUAACUGCCGCAAAUUGGACGGCUCCAGCAUCAAACUACAAGAGCAGGUGAAAAGUCAAAGCCUACACGAAAAUCGGAGUAUUGUUGUUCUGGUUUUUGCUUCCUUGCUUCGGAUUGUAUGGUGUGGAGGUAAUCGUAUAUAUCCUGGUGGAUGUACAUAGUUUACUUUGAAGAGCUGAUAGUCGUCACCCAUUGUGCCUGGAUCCUCGAGCCCCAAGGAGAGCUUCAGUUACAGAAGUGUGUGAACAGCGUCGCUUAAGAAACCAGAAGCGCACUUAUUCAUACGUGCUGAGGACUAAGCCCCAGUCUCUGUGUGAUGUUCUUCUCAUCCUACAAUAGGAUUGUGUAGUUGCUGCAGAAGGACAAACCUUAUAAGUCUUGCGGCAUCUCAGAGUCUGACAUCAUGAUGGCCAAUUAUAAAACUACAGUAUUCCUCAAUUUCUAUUUCAUCAUUGUGAUAGUGGAUCUCCAGACGCUGGGGAGCCUUCAAUACAGCAAUGGUCUCCGGAAUCUGACAAUUCUUGGACUUUUCCCCCUCACUGGAGGAUGGGGAGGGGGAGAAAGCGCUUUGACGGCUGCUGAGAUGGCUCUUGAUCAUAUCAAUGCUCGGACGGAUAUCCUACCUAAUUAUAAUCUCAUCAUGGAAUGGAAGAAUACUAAGUGCAAUCCAGGAUUGGGAAUCAAUGAGAUGUACAGACUCCUGUAUGACCCCCCGACGAAAAUUGCCAUCCUCGGCGACGGUUGCUCCUCCGUCAGUGAAGCAACGGCACAGGCGUCAUUUUUAUGGAAUAUCACGCAGAUUUCAUAUCUCUCCAACUCGCCUCUGUUGUCCAACAAGAAGCUCUACCCAUACUUCUUCCGUCUGUCUGUUCCGGAGGAGUCCAUCAACCCAGCUAGAAUAGCCUUCAUUAAGAAGAUGGGAUGGAAGAAAAUAGCAACAAUCCAUCAGUCAUACAAAAUAUUUUCAUCACUUGUCGAUGAUCUUGCUGUACGGAUGGACAAGGAGAACAUACACAUGCUUACCAUGGAAGUUUUCAACGACGAUCCGGCCAGAAAAAUAGAAAAUCUCAAGAAACAUGACGCAAGAAUAAUUUUUGCAAGCUUUUAUGAAGAAACUAUUUUCAAUGUGUUUUGUGAGAUAUACAAGCAAGGGUUAUAUGGGCCGAAAUACGUGUGGUUUAUUUUAGGCUGGUUCGAUGACAGAUGGUGGGAAAAGGCUUACGAUACUUCCGGAUGUACCAAGCUGCAAUUACUGAAGGCCAUCAAUGGUCACUUCCGGGUUGGGGAGACGUUCAUUCUACGCUCAAAAGCCACGGAUGCUGCUCGCAUUAGCGGUUUCGAGUUCCUGGAAUCAUUUCGGAUACGCAACGCCAAUCGGUCGGAUCACGGUCAGAAGACGGCAGCUCAGGCGUAUGACUCGGUCUGGGCUCUCGCUCUCGCGUUAGACAUGGCAGAAAAGAGACUCGUGCAAAGGGGAGCCAGCCUUGGCUCCUUCACGUAUGACAACUGGCUCACUGGUCGGACUAUCUACGAAAGCUUCAGGAAUCUGUCAUUUGGAGGCCUUAAAGGAAAGAUCCGUUUCGAUGAAAGUGGGGACUUGGUAACGCUGUUGAAAGUUGAUCAAAUGAUAGAUGGAGUUAUGCACAUGACGGCUGUCUACUACCCUGACAGAGACAAGAUGAUGAUCAUUGAGAAGCCUUACUUUGGGCAUAAAGGUAGGUACUUCCCCCGAGACAGCACCCUCCUCAUCCUCUCGCCUGAGUUCAUCAGUAUGGACCUCUACAUCUCCCUGUCCGUCCUCGCCUCUGCCGGCAUCGUCCUCGUCAUCUGCUGCCUCAUCUUCAACAUCAGAUAUCGGGAAGCCAGGAUAGUAAAGCUGUCGUCUCCCAAUAUCAAUACCCUCAUCCUGUUCGGAUGUAUCCUCAUCUAUAGCUCGGUGUUCUUCCAGGAGACGGAGCCAGGAUUAAACCUAGUAUUCUGUCAUAUGAGGUACAUAGUGAUUGCCAUUGGAUUCUCACUUGCAUUUGGAGCUCUUUUUGCAAAGACGUGGAGAGUUCAUAUAAUAUUUAGAAGAAUAAAACCAGGUCAAACGGUUGCCGACAAGACACUGUUUGCCCAAAUCACCGUCCUCGUACUGAUCAAUGUGAUUGUUCUCAUCACGUGGUUCAACAUAGACCCCCUGCAGGUCGUAACAUAUAACACGUCUCAGGCGUUGAACGAGGCGGAGGACAUACUGCUGCAGUACCAGGUGGACGUGUGCGUGUCCGACUACCACCAGUACUUCAGUGCAGCGCUGUACAUCAUCCACGGCGUCAUGCUCCUCAUCGGUACAUUCCUGGCUUGGGAAACUAGGAAAGUACAGAUUGAAGACCUAAAUGACUCCCGUUCCAUCGGCCAGUGCAUCUACAACACAUUCGUCUUCAGCAUCAUAUCACUGGUUUUCUCAUUUGUGCUUGAAAACCAGGUACAAGUUCUCUAUGCCCUGCACUCUGGUUUUGUACUGUUUGGUACAACGAUGAACAUCAUAUUACUGUUUGUUCCAAAGAUAAUCCGUUAUAAGAAAGCUCAACUGGAGUUAGACGGCUCCAGUGAUCGCAUGAAUUGCAGCUACACGCACAGGCGGGCCAGCCAGCCUCACAUCCACGUCCACACUCUGGAGGGCAAGAUUGGCAGACUAGAAACAUUAUUAAAAGCGCACGAAGAAACCAUAAAAGAUCUGCGGGAAGAGUUGAAAAAUCAGGAGAACCGCGCCAUCUCGGAUAUACAUCUCGACACCCUCAGUUCAGAAAUUCCUGACAGAGACUCUAGAUCAUUUUCUUGACACAUACAUUUAGAAUAGUCAUCUCUGUGUGCACGAGGAUCUCGAAACGGUGAAGCAGUCACCCAUCAUUUCUGGACAUUAACUACAAUUUCAAAAAAAAAACUUUUUCAAACACUUUUCAACAUCUUUUUCACAACUGAUUUGGGGAUUUUCGCACUUGUGUCUAGACUUUCCAAAUAAACUACAGUGUUAAAAUUGGAUGCUGUCAUUUUCAUGCUC